GAUGUGGCGGGUAUAAAAGCCCCACCCAAGGCAGCCAGCUCCGCUCGGCAACUGGAGACGCUCGCAGCUCUCGGCGCCCGGCCCAGCUUCUUUCAAAAUGUCUACCGUUCAUGAAAUUCUGUGCAAGCUCAGCUUGGAGGGUGAUCACUCCACGCCCCCAAGUGCGUACGGCUCAGUGAAAGCCUACGGCAACUUUGAUGCUGAGCGGGACGCCCUGAAUAUUGAGACGGCCAUCAAGACCAAAGGUGUGGAUGAGGUCACCAUCGUCAACAUUCUGACCAAUCGCAGCAAUGCGCAGAGACAGGACAUCGCUUUCGCCUACCAGAGGAGGACCAAGAAGGAGCUGCCAGCCGCCCUGAAGUCAGCCUUGUCGGGCCAUCUGGAAACGGUGAUCUUAGGCCUGUUGAAGACACCUGCUCAGUAUGACGCUUCGGAGCUGAAGGCCUCCAUGAAGGGGCUAGGAACUGAUGAGGAUUCCCUCAUUGAGAUCAUCUGCUCGAGGACCAACCAGGAGCUGCAGGAAAUUAACAGAGUUUACAAGGAAAUGUACAAGACCGACCUGGAGAAGGACAUUGUCUCUGACACAUCGGGCGACUUCCGCAAGCUGAUGGUGGCCCUUGCAAAGGGGAGGAGAGCAGAGGAUGGCUCUGUCAUUGAUUAUGAACUGAUUGACCAAGAUGCCCGGGACCUCUAUGAUGCUGGAGUGAAGAGGAAAGGAACCGACGUCCCCAAGUGGAUCAGCAUCAUGACCGAGCGCAGCGUGUGCCACCUCCAGAAAGUGUUUGACAGGUACAAGAGCUACAGCCCUUAUGACAUGCUGGAGAGCAUCAAGAAGGAAGUCAAAGGAGACCUGGAGAACGCUUUCCUGAACCUGGUGCAGUGUAUUCAGAACAAGCCCCUGUAUUUUGCUGAUCGGCUGUACGACUCCAUGAAGGGCAAGGGGACUCGCGACAAGGUCCUGAUCAGAAUCAUGGUCUCCCGCAGUGAAGUGGACAUGCUGAAGAUCAGGUCGGAGUUCAAGAGGAAGUACGGCAAGUCCCUGUACUCCUACAUCCAGCAAGACACCAAGGGCGACUACCAGAAAGCGUUGCUGUAUCUGUGUGGUGGAGACGACUGAAGCCCCCUGCAGGAGCGCUCACCAGCCGUGCUCCCCCUAAUGCCUGCUAACAGUGCUAGAAAACCAGCUUGCAGCUAACAGACCCCGUGCCCGCCCCAUGCAGGUAGGGCUGGUGCUGCCCCCAGCCCCAACCUUACUUUAGUUGCCUGAGCAUUGCCCGGCUCUGCCCUCUAGUCUCUCCUUUAAGCCAAAGAAAAGAACAUUCCAAGGAGUUGGAAGUGAAGUCUGUGAUGUGAAACACUUUGCCUCUUGGGCACUGUGUCAACAAUAAACUGAAUUUUUACUUUAGAAA